AUGCCUGAGUCCAAAGAGGUGCAGGCUGGCGACGUUUUCACGAGCUCGCAGUGCAGUUGCCUAGCAGCGCCAACCGAGUUCAACCUGGAAGACUUUGUGGAUAAACCUGAGCUGAGCGAAGUCAAACGGAGGAGAGAAGCAGAGUACAAACAGCACCUGGCCAGCUGCCCCUUGCAACUGAUUUUGGCCCAGCCAAAUUCUCCCCUGAUGUAUCCCAUUCAAGGAGUCCGUGUGCUUCCGCUCCAAGAAACCUCUAUUCCAGGGUUAAGUGUAUAUGCACCUAAAAAAACGCAGUAUCAGGUCUCUCUGAGCGUAACCAAAGGCGUCCUUGCCACCACGAAGCCAGGAAGGGACGAUCAUAUUGAGGGACAGAAUGAGAUGGUCUUGACUAUUUCCACCUCUAACCUGGAGCGUCUGAACCACCUGCUGAGAAAUGUCACCUACACCAGCACUCUGUACAGGAUCAAGGAUGGAGAUCUGGUCUCUUUCACCUUUGAGAAGCAUUCCGCCACCUUCCCCAUUGUGAUUGAACAGCCUCUGAUCCCUCACCUGUACGAUCCAGGGCAAGGCAUCAGCUCUCAGGUGACAAUUGUCACCAAAACGUUUCUGAGAUACCCCCAGCUGGACGUCCUCAUUAAGAGCAUCCGGACCUUUUACAAGGAUAUGACAAUCCUCGUUGCAGACGACAGCAUCAACCCAAAGAAAAUCAAUGGCUCGAACAUUGAGCAGUACAUCAUGCCUCCAGCCAAGGGCUGGUUUGCAGGGAGAAACCUGGUGGUGUCCCAAGUCAGCACCAAAUACCUGCUGUGGGUGGAUGACGAUUUCCUGUUCACGGGCAACACCGAAAUCGAGAAGCUGGUGGAAGUGAUGGAGGCCAUGCCAGAGCUGGACGUGGUGGGAGGCUCGGUGACUGGCAAUACCUUCACGUUCCAGCUGGUGUACGGGGAAGGGGAGGAUGGACAUUGUGUGAGCAGGAGGAUGGGUCACUAUCAGCCUAUUCCCAGUUUCCCGGACUGCGUUCUCACUAGUGGCGUGGUCAACUUCUUCCUGGCCCGGACUGACUCAGUACGCAAGGUGGGGUUUGAUCCACGACUCCAGAGGGUCGCCCACACAGAGUUCUUCGUGGACGGCCUGGGCAGCCUGCUGGUGGCCUCGUGCAGCAAGAUCACCAUUGACCAUCAGCCCAGGACGCAAGAAAAGUUGUCCGAAGAGGAGAAGGCGGCACAGGAACUGUACAGGACAUUUCGGACUCCGAAGCAGGAGGAAGUAAAAAUGAAGCUGGGCCUCCACUUCUUUAAGAACAGGAUGAAGUGUUUCUCCAGUAACUGACACCAUGCUCUCACUACAGGAUCCACAGACUACGCAAGUGUCUAGUGUGGUGUUACAGGAGCUUGUUUCUUGUGAACCAAAAGCAAAUUCGAAAGCAGGCACGCAAAAGGCUUCCAAAAGGUUUCUUGUUAGUAAUGGAGCCUUAUUGUCUUUUAUUCCAGUUUACAGUUUUCCUUUUAAUUUUUCUUUGUGACAUUGGGGGAAAUGCAUUGGUGCAUUGAAAGAGACAUUUUACAAUGUGGAAGAAGGAGAAUUUUUUUUCUUAAAGUGUGCACUUUGUUAAAAACAAAAGGGGAACUGUGCUCCUGUACUACGUCAAUUGGGAGCUUAUAUUUUUCAGACAGACGGACUUUGGGACUUUGGCAAUUUUGUGGUGGGAAUACACAAUUAGAUUUAUUCUAUUUUAGCUCUAGUGGAGAUACAAAGCAUUGUUAAAAUGCAACAAAACUAAAUUGAGAAGGAAAAAUUCAAAGAAGAAAGACAGGUACUUGUAUUGCCGAAUAAAGCACUACAGGUGUCUGAAAUAUGUCAUUAGGUAUCUGACGAGCAAUUCCUGUGAGAUCAGGUUCUUUGCAGGCUGGAAUGAACAGUUCUUUCCAGACCCUGUGCAGACGACACAAUCCAGAAUUGAGAGGAAACACUGGGGAAAAAGCCAUGCAGAAAACGGGGAUCAAAACAUUUUUAUAAAAUAACGGGAUCAAACUAAUGUAAAGCAGGUAGAACUUUGCUGACCUCUGGAAGGAUUGGACAGUUUAUUUGCAAAAAUGCACUUAUAAAUGUACAGCAUUAACUUAGACGAUUUAAAAAGGGAUGUUAUUUUAUACAUAACUGAUGUGGAUUUAAUGCACAGUUCCACGCACAAUACAACUAAUUACAGUGAUGGUGAAGGGAAAAACAGCAUUGAUUUUGCACUGUGAAUUUUGCACAGCAUUGAUUGUUUUCUGUGAAUUUGCGUAAUGGGAGUUCUUUCCUGUUGUAAUGUGUCAGGAAGAUAUAAUAAACAGUUUCGAUUUGUGAUAUGUUGGGUAAGGGAGUAAGAACCCUACCAGGAAAAUAUCCAGGACUGAACGGCCGUCUCUGUUGCCAGCAGUGUUGUUUUGUGCAUUCGAUUUGGUUCAAGUGCAAACAUUACAAACUGGUUAUUUUGG